AGUAGCUAGUGGUUGUUUAUUUCAUUAUCGUGACUCGUGAGUCCCUUUCUGGCCUGUUGCCUGCCACUCCAGCUAUCUACGCGCGCACGCAACUCAUACAGCCAACUUGUAUGAUGGCGACAUCAGUGAGGACCAUAUCCCUGGCGGAAGAACAACAAGGCCUUCCCUAUCGAGGCGCACGAUUUCCCUCCAAAUUCCGCCGAAACUUCCCUAGAUCCAAAGAGGGGUGUUUGACCUGUCGCACAAGGCGCAAAAAAUGUGACGAAGUCAAACCAGACUGCACGUUGUGCCGCCGGAGUGGGAGGGAAUGCAGCUGGCCCGUCAUUGCAAAGAGCGACGGCCCCGAAGAGACGACAGCCAGCUCCAACGGCAAAGCAGGCUUGCAGAAGGAACCUGCGAAGGAGAUCUCCCAUAGCCGGCGACGACUAAUGCAAAGCGACUUUGAGACCGCCUCUCCCGCCGUCGUGGUCGGCUCCAAAGCCACAAAAGCCAUGUCGCCUCUGCGGUCGUCACUUACGUUCGGUACCUUGUCUCAACUGGACGAGGUUUCUCGUCCUUCGUAUGAGCAGUAUCUAGCCGUGACUACGUUUCUUCUAGUCCGAGGACGCACUUCGGAGGGCAACCCGUUCAUCAAUUACGUGCUUCCUCUGGCUGCGUCUGACGGCCUAAUCAUGGACUGCGUCCUGGCCAUUGGAGGGGCCCACAUGUCCGUUCUAGAUGCCAAAAACCGCCAGCUGGAGGUCGUGGCCCGUGGUCAUUAUGCUCGGGCUUUGGCAGGGCUGCGGAAAGUCCUUGCUGGACAAGCAGGCUCGACUCUCGGGAAUGCCGUGGAAGACAAGCAAGUCUAUGUUGUUUUGGUCCUUCUUCUUCUAUGUAUUCUCGAAGGGAUACAAGGGGACGUUAACGGCGCAGUCUACCACCAUUUGAGAGCUACCCGGCAAUAUGUCGCUCCCUUGGCAGCCAAGUCGCGCAGGCCGUCUCCGCAUAAGCUCCAGCAUAUUCAUGGGUUCCUCUUGGAAAUCUACACAGUUUUCGCCCUGGAGCUCGCAAUAACACCAAGGGGCAAACUGGAUGAUCAACCAGUGGACUUGGACCCCUUCCUCGAAUCGCUUGCCUUCCUCGGCGAAUACAAGUCCUGUGGUUUCAUGCUUGGGUUUGGGCAUGGCCUUUUCGGAAUGAUACCCGAGAUCGCCAAGCUGAUCGAAGCUCGUCGCGCAGAAAACCUUGACAAGGAAGCGCCCAGCAGUUUGUACCAGUCUUAUCGUUCGCUUGUUUCGAGGCUCAAUUCAUGGGACGAAUUCGCCGACGUUCUGGAAGGAGAUGGCCUUAGCCCACGGUACGAACAGGCGACCGCUGCCAACAUCUACCGCAAUGCCCUGAUCAUUUAUCUCCACGCUGCUUUCCACGACAACCUCCUGGACAGUCCCGAGCUCGUUGCUGAGAUCGAGGUGCGCAUAGACAAGAUGCUUCCGCUUUGCUGGGCUUUUUAUUCUGGCAAGUCGCCCUUGCGACGAAUGAUGCUGUGGCCUGUGAUGGUUUUGGCAUCAUGUUGCAGCAAGAGGCAUCAUGUCGAAGCCUUUCGAUACGGGCUGAACAUUAACCCACGAGCACCGGGGGCGGUACGGGAGACCGCGAGAGUGGUGCAGCUUCUAUGGGAAGACAAGGAUCCUCGCGCCUUUGGUCCACGGGGGUUAGAUUGGGUUAUGAAGAAGCAUGGUAUCAGCAUCAGUGUGUGUUGACGCAACCACGUGCCGCAAUGGAUCUGAUAAUAAGGGAAUAAAUAGGGUCGUGAUGAGGCGCCGUGGCAAUGAGGAAGUAGU